AAUUUUCUCAAAAACCGUGGUUCUUAUUCGAUUAAUAGUGCAAAUAUUAUCGACUUAUCGAUCAGACUACGCUAUGGUCUGAAAUAUAACGGCAGCUUUGUCUAUUUUACGAGAUUUAACUGCCUUAAGCGAUGUAUACGCAACAAAUAUCUCCGGUAGUUAGUCCCGCGGCGACAUAUUGUUCGGAGCUUGAAUACAUAGUAGGAUUGCAAUCGGAGGAGUCGUGUGGUUCGCAGCCGCGCCGUUCCCAGCGUUUGCGUGAAAAGGAGCAUGCGACCAAAGCAUUUGCAGUAGAAGCCAACAAAAUGGCCAUUGCUCCAGUUGCCGAAGCUGGCUCGCCUCAACUGUUUGACGAGAUGGAUGCGGAAUGCAGUCAGUUGGCUCAGUUGCCGCCCAAAUAUGCCGGUACACCAAAACACUACCGCCAGCCUGUUAGAAGAGCUCCAAGCAGUGGAAAAAAACAUCGACGGAAUUCCAAAAUAGUACAUUCUGACCCAAUGCCAAAAGUGCGCAAAAAUCGCGAGAAAAAAUCUGCAAGGAGUGAAAAAAUAGUGCAUUCUGAGCCUUUUCCAGAAAUUAUUCCGUUACAGUCGCUACAAGCAUUGAAUCUUCAGCACAGUGUCAAGCCUGAGCCAUUGUCGAAGUCGUCUGAUUUGGCUCCCACCAACAUCAUCGUACCAGCUCCUCCUCUUCCACAAAGCAAUCCCAGCUGUAAGGAAACCAACAACAUGACUCAAACCUAUUCAUAUCAGCGUACGAAUGUGACACAAACUAUACUGCCGGAACUUUAUCCGGCACAUUUCAUACAUCAGUUGCCACCGGAACCCGAAUAUAUAACCGGAACCAUCAUUCCCAGUGAAUUGCGACGUGAUAGCUGUGGAGCUGCUACCCAGGAACCAAUAUCGGAUGUAACAAUGCAGCCUGGCUGCAACGAGGAGUAUUCCCUCUUGUCGCUGGAUGCUGAAUCUUUGGUGUCCACAACGCCAUCGUUAAGUGAAUCCCUGGCCGAGGUGUUUGGCACCACAAAAAUACGAACGCUUCUAAACAUUGAAUUGCCUCGCGUGUAUCGAGUGCAGGAAUAUCAUCUGCCCAUUUUGGCAUCGCUGCUGGAUGUGGACUUGAGACGACUGCGCAUCCUUUUGGAGCUGACACAGCGCCUGACGCUCGAGCAACUGCAGCAAUUAACGCAGGACUGUUGCGAGGUGUUCAGCGUGCAGUCUUCCAGCGAAGAAUAAACUGGGCGCCCAAGAAUAUAAAUACAAUCAAAUCACAAUCAAAUCUUAGAGCAGAGUCUCUUUUC